UGGGCGUCGCAGGUUGGUGGCUGCCAGCCAAGCCCGAGGCUACAGCGACUUGCUGGAGCUGGAUGCUCGCCGGCUCCGCGCGGCUCUUCUCUUCCCGCUCACCCGCACAGCGCUGGCUCACCUCGGCUAGAAAAGCAGCCUGGGCGGCGCUCCAGUCCAGAACUCUGUUGGCUCUGCGUCGGGGCUCGAGAGGAAAAAGCUAGCUGGGCGCUGCUCCUGCAGCCGGUGUCCCGGAGGGGUUCGGCCCGCCGAGCUUCCUCCCGCGCGGCGAGCGCGGAGCGCGUGGGCCGAGGGGUCUCAUUAAGGGCACCAGGCUCCCGGGACCGGGACGAUGGGCACGCGGACUUGGCGCGCGGGCUGCGGCUGCCUGCUUCUGCUGGCGCUCGCCGGGUCUUUUCGGAGCGAGGACCUACGGAGCUGCGAACAAGUUGGGAAACUUUUCCAGGGCCGCCUGGUCGGCGCAGUUAGGGGGCUACCGGAGUCACCGAGGGCAGGACCUGAUCUUCAGGUUUGCACAUCCCAAAAACCUACAUGUUGCACGAGGAAGAUGGAGGAAAGAUUCCAAGUUGCAGCUCGCCAAGAUAUGCAGCAGGUGCUUCAAACGUCCAGCUCUACAUUAAAGUUCCUAAUAUCUCGAAAUGCAGCUGCUUUCCAAGAAACCCUCGAAAUGCUCAUCCGACAAGCAGAAAAUUACACCAGCAUACUUUUUUGCAACACCUACAGGAACAUGGCAUUGGAGGCUGCUUCUUCAGUUCAGGAGUUCUUCACUGAUGUGGGGCUCUAUUUAUUUGGGGCAGAUGUGAAUCCUGAAGAAUUUAUCAACAGAUUCUUUGACAACCUUUUCCCUCUAGUCUACAAUCAUCUCAUUAACCCUGGCGUGACAGACAGUUCCCUAGAAUAUUGGGAAUGCCUCCGGAUGGCCCAGAGGGACAUUAAUCCAUUUGGUAAUAUCCCCAAGAGAGUCAUGGGGCAGAUGGGGAGGUCCCUGUUGCCCAGCCGCACGUUUCUACAGGCACUGAAUUUGGGCAUUGAAGUCAUCAAUACCACGGAUCAUCUGCACUUCUCCAAAGAAUGUAGCAAAGCUCUUCUGAGGAUGCAGUACUGCCCUCACUGUCAGGGCUUGACUGUCACCAAGCCAUGCAUGGGAUACUGUCUCAACAUCAUCAGAGGCUGUUUGGCUCACAUGGUAGAGCUUAAUCCCCACUGGCAUGCUUACAUCCGGUCAUUAGAGGAGCUAUCGAAUGCCAUGCAUGGGACCUAUGACAUUGAACAUGUGCUCCUGAACUUCCACUUGCUGGUUAAUGAUGCUGUGAUGCAGGCGCGUUUCAGGGGACAAAAAUUACUGGAACAGGUAGAUAAGAUCUGUGGCCAUCCAGUCAGAACACCCACACAGAGCCCGCACUGUUCUUUUGAUGAGAGCAGAGAGAAGCAUGAAAUGAAGAUCUCUGCAAGAAAUGAAGAGACACUUGCCAACAGAAGAAAAGAAUUUAUCAACAGCCUUCUGCUCUUCAGAACAUUUUAUGGAGGCCUAGCUGAUCAACUUUGUGCUAAUGAAUUAGCUGCUGCUGAUAGACUUCCAUGCUGGAAUGGAGAAGAUCUAGUAAAAAGCUAUACUCUGCGUGUGGUUGGGAAUGGAAUUAAAGCUCAAUCUGGAAAUCCUGAAGUCAAAGUCAAAGGAAGUGAUCCUGUGAUAAAUCAAAUUAUUGAUAAACUGAGGCACGUCAUUCAGCUGUUGCAGGGCAGGUCACCUAAACCCAACAAAUGGGAACUUCUUCAGAUUGGCAGUGGAGGUGGCAUGGUUGAUCAAGUCAGCGGGGACUGUGAUGAUGAAGAUGGUUGUGGUGGAUCCGGAAGUGGGGAAGUCAAGAGGACUCUAAAAGUAGCAAACUGGAUGCCAGAUGAACUAAACCUUAGUGAUGUCAAGCAAAUCCAUCACAAAGAUGGUGGCAAGACCUUAGACACAACUGGAGCUGGUUGUACUACAGCGACAGAGUCUAUGGCAUUUUCCCUGGUGGGUGUGGUAAUGCUACUUCCUGGACUGUGGUAACUUGAGCUCUGAGUUUUGAUUGACAUGACUCAUUGGAAUAUUGUUUUCUUCCCCUCUGUACCCGUGCCCAGAGUGGGUGUCUCUGAAUGUGACAAUUAUAUUUAUGAAAAGGUAAGUCACACUAACUUCUUAGAAGAAGCCAAACUGGAUGUUCACAAAGUAUCAAAAGCUCAGUGUUUUAAAUUAUAGACUUUUAGAAGUUUCUUGAAACCUUAAAUUCCUACAUAUUAAACCUGUAAAUGUGAAUAGCAGAGUAGCUGAACAAUAUGAUUUGAUUCCUAGUCCUUUCUUCUCUGAAUGGAAAACAAAAAACAUGUCUCAAACUGAAAGUGUAUUUGCAGUUCACUGAAAAUACUACAGUAUUCCUCAAAAUACUGGAGCUUGAAUUCCAUUACAUCAUUAAAAAAAAAAGUGGCACGUAUAUGCAUGCAUUUUCAAUAAUUUUUUCCGAUUUUGCAAGCUAUAGAAAGAAACUACUGGAAGUCUCUUUAAGUUAUAGAGUAGGUUGCCAAGAAGCAUUUCUUGUAAUUUCAUUGGAGAAGCUUGAUAAUUGUUACCCACUAUAACUUAGUUACUGACAUAGCUUAAAGCUAAGUAUUUUGAUAGCAUCUGACCUGUGUUCUAUGAUAUUCAAAGUGCAUCUCUGUGGCUCCAUUCCUCCCCUUACUAUUGGAUUUUAAUAGAAUAUAUCUAAUAAAGCUGUUAAUAAUUUUAUGGAAAACCUUAAGAAAGGUUGACUGUCUUAUUCUGGAAAAAUGACACACACCAUUUUUUGUUUUUUGUUUUUUCAAAAAAUAUCUGCUAGUUCUUUUUAAAACUUGGUAUUGGUGGAUGGACCUUGACACUUCAGUGACUUUGUGGUGUUUAUUGUAACACAUAUUUUUGAAGAGGUGUGAAAUUGUACUUCUAGAACACUCGUGUAAACCAAUGUUACCUCAAUAAAAAAAUAAAUA